CGCACUGUAGAAAAGAGUGACUUUGAACAGAAACAGUUUGCCUUACAGUAACACAGGAUUUUGUUUAGGACCAGUGUGUGAUAUAGAUACUUGACAUGAUUAUUUUGCAUAAUAACUGGCUUGGAACAUUUGCUUUGCUUUUUACAGUAGAUAUCGCUGGGACGUAUGGAUUUUCCAUUGGUUCAUUAUUGAAUGGAAGACGCCAGGAACCAGGUCCAAGGCCUUUGCUCAGGUAUUACAAGUCAGAAUGGCUUAGUGAUGAUCAGGCGACACAAGGAGGUCCCGUGGCAGAUCUUGUAAACAGAUUGUUAAAAUCCAACUUUGAAGUCAGAGACAAUGAUUAUGAUACGAGUUCGCCUUAUUCUGAUGUUCUGGACAAGGCAACUCAGGAGAAAGACUACUAUUUAGAACAGUCUGAACAACCGCCUGGAGGUGUGGAUAGGAAAAUCACUCCGAGUAAGAGGAUGGAUAUGUCUAAACUUAUCAAAGACUGUCAGAAAGGUCACCAGUUUGGUCUUUGGCAUAGAGCCUUAUGUAGAAAACUUAUGCAACCUUAAAAUUUGCAAGCGAGAGAAAAUAAAGAUAAAAUGACAUACUACCCCAAUGUGCUGAUUAAUGCCUUCUGUCAGUUUACAAUAUAGCUUUGAUGUCGCUUGUACAUUUAUACACUCACGUGAUUGCAGAAUUUACUUCCUGUGAUAUACUCUGGAUAGAUUGUGUAAAUAAAUUCACCUGAGUGGCGGGAACAAGGCAACAUAAUACGCCUUGUAAGGCUGUAUCAUAAGUUAUCAAAAUAAAAUACAAGUAAAGUUGACAACAUUGAAUUUUGUGCACUAUUUAUUAGAAUUGGUCGUAUCUAAAUAAUAAGUUUAUACUUAACUCAAGCAUUCAGGGCUUCGGAAACAAUACAAUGCGAAAAGUAUAUCUUAUGCUCACGAAACUGUAGAAUAUUUGAUGAUAACUAUUAUGACAUGGUUUCUAUAAAUCGUCGGUCCAUAGUUUGAGCUGCAUGACCAGGUUUAUACUCAAAAUUUAUACCGGGCUAAUAAGUAAAAAAUUGAAACGAAAUU